GUUCCCGCUGCCGUGAUGAAACUUCCGCAGUUAGAAAUGCUGAUCCUCAGUAGAAACAAGAAAAUCACCCUGCCGGAUGACAUGUCUGGUCUCAUCAACCUCACGGUCCUGGAAUUAAAAGACUGUAACCUGGACACACUGGAAGUACCAAAACACCCAAACCUACAGGUGCUGGACCUACGAAAUAAUAUGCAGAUCUCCCUACCAUAUGACUUGUACAGGUUGAACAACUUAAAAGUGUUGAAACUAGGUGGCUGUAAUUUGGACACCGUUCCACCAGCAGUAGUGAGACUCAAUCUACUGGAGGAACUGGACCUCAGCGGGAACAGAGGGAUCCACCUGUCGGAUGGGCUGGCUGGACUAACCAACCUCCGGGUACUGAAACUAUCGACUACAAACAUGGACACAGUUCCUCCGGUAGUGUGGAGACUGACACAGUUAGAAUGGCUGGACCUGAGCUGGACCCAACUACAGACGUUACCCGCAGCAAUCGGACAGCUCACUAAUGUCAAACACUUGGAUCUGUCCUACUGCGAGCUGCGCACACUCCCACCUGAAGUGGGCGGAAUGACACAGUUAGAAUGGCUGGACCUGCGCAGUAACCAACUACAGACGUUACCCGCGGAAAUCGGACAACUCACUAAUGCCAAACACUUGAAUCUGUCCGGGUGCAAGCUGCGCAUACUCCCACCUGAAGUGGGGGGACUGACACAGUUAAAACGGCUGAACCUGAGCAAUAACAAACUACAAACGUUACCCGCGGAGGUUGGAAAGCUCAGUAGCGCAUGUCACCUUGACGUUAGUGGAAACCCACUUACAAAACCACCAUCUGAAGUUUGCCGUUACGGGAUCGCUGCUAUCUCACAGUACUUUGCUGAAAUUGAACGCUCAGAAGAAAAAAUAAGCGCUCAUAUGAAAGUGGUCGUCUUGGGAGAGAAAAUGGCGGGAAAAACGAGCCUGGUACGGACGCUAGACAGGGGCGAAUCCACCCUUACAAAAGAAGAGGACCGCACACACUGUGUAGAGAUAACUCAGUGGGCACCUGUUGACAACAUCACAUUUGAAGUGCACGACUUUGGCGGCCAUGACGUGUACCAUCUCACUCAUCAGUUCUUUCUGACUCCAGAUGCCUUUUACCUGUUAUUAGUGAACCUGCAGACAUACAGAUGCAGUGAAGAGAGGUACACAGAAGCCGUGGGGUUCUGGUUGGACACACUGAAUGCCCGAGUGCCGGGAGCGGUAGUUUCUAUAGUAGGGAGCAAGAAGGACCUUUGUCGACUUGGCGAAGUAAAAACAAAGACCAAGGACGUUCAAGCAAGAGUCAGCCUGCAAAGAGAGAGGUGGGAAAAAGAACAAAGACAGAUUCAAAGUCGUUUAAAAUCAGUGGAAGACAUAGGCCAGCACCACUUACGCACGUUAAAGCCAGGACUGCGUAUUGUCGGUGAUGCGCUUGAGCUUUGCGUGUCCGUUAAACCCAAGUCUCGAUUCAACCUAUCGAGGUCGCCUCGAUCUUGGGAAAGAUUUCAAGACUUUUUGUUAGAAACAGCAAAUAAUAAGAAAUUGUUUCCGACGUUAACAAGAAUCCUGCCAAGGACAUGGCUAGAGUUCGAACAACUAGUUCGACGCCAAGUUUCCCCUGAAACGUCCGAACGGGCCGAUAAAGCUGGCUCUAGUGCUGUAACGUCUCCGCGGGAGGAUCAUGUUACUCAGGAUGUUCAAAUGUCCACACGGCAUUGGCUGACAAUGACUGACUGUGCACGACUUGAGCAACUUGUGGGACUCUCUUUAGAAAGACUACAGUCAGCCCUGUCUUACCUGCAGCAGGUGGGAACCAUCCUCAGGUACACGGACAUACCGGAACUCAAGGACUACGUCUUCCAUGAUCCUCCCGCCUUGAUUGAACUUUUCAAAAACCUGUUUCAUCACGAUACAAGCGCACUUUUCUUAACACCCAGACUUUCUCAAUUCACGUCUACCCAGCUAUGUACAUUCCAGUCGGAUCUUUGCGACUGUGGACUGAUCCAGAGGGAAGUGAUGGCGUGUUUGUUACCACCCAAUGUCAGUCCAGACAUCAUCACAGCAUUGAUGCAACAUUUCGGCCUGUGUUUUGAGGUAGAAGCUGGAGACAAUAGAGACCCUUCCAAACAUACCCGCCAGUACAAAAUCCCCUGGUAUUUACAUAAACAAAUGCCAGAAGAGCUGAAGAGCGUCUGGCCAGAUGAUGUACCAGAAGAUCAGGAGCAGCUGCAGCUGAUGUGCAACAUCAGAGGAUUCUGUCCCCGGGGACUGUUUCAGAGGUUCAGUGUUGGGAUCCAUCCACUUGUCAAGGACAGGGUAGACUGGAAAGAUGGAGUCAUGGCCUACAGACAGGACUACAUCGUUCUAGUUUGUUCCAAACCUGUUGCAGAUGACACUUACAUCACCAUGGCAACCAGAGGCAGGCUUGCCCAGGCAGAUGAGAUGUGGGGUGUGGUCCACCCACUGCUGGAGGUGCUGGUCCAGCUGCUGCAGGAGUGGCCAGGUGUGCUGUACUCCCUCCACGUCACCUGUGCGCACUGCAUCAAGGCAGGACUGGACAGGCCGUACCAGCACGAACUGAGGGACCGGACUGCAGAGGACGGCCGUGACGUCAGGUGUCGCAGGGUUAAGAAGACAGCAUCAACAUCAGCAGACCUUGUGUACAGAUUCUCUGGCACGCAAGGAUCCGCAGAAGCUCAGAGCCAACAGGAUGUUGCCAGAUGCUCUCAAGCUGAGGAAGAAGAUGUGAGUCGGUACUUCCAUUACAUCAAGGAAAACGUGACAGCCGAGUGGAAGGACCUGGCUUACCAGCUAGGAUUCAGUCGGCCAGACAUAGACAACAUUGACGAGAGGAACAUAGACUUCAAGUCGCGCUGCCGGGACACGUUGGAGGAGUGGAAGGAGCGGGAAGGGGAUGCCGCCACCAUAACUGUCCUGAUGGACGCUCUGAGGGAACUGGAACUGAUGAGUGUUGUGGAUGGGCUGAGAGACAAGUAUCCAGAACUGGCCGGGGCGACAGCUGGACCGACUGGUUUACAGUGAACCCGAGGAACUGCUCGUGUUUGCGCCCGUACAGGACAUCUUUAUGUCCAGCUACUUCAAACAUGUUUCGGAUUCCACGUCGACUGGUCCAGUGAGACUGCUUGCCUGUGCAGGGCACCCUUAUGCCGAGCUACAGCAAACACAGUUCAUUUUCCAUGU